AAGGACUUUAGAUGUUAGAUGUCAUCCCACCCACCCUGCACGACUAACCACUGAUCGUCACACCACACCAUGGAGCACAUCACCGACACAUCGCCUUUGUCCCGCCUGCGUGUCCACGCUCCGGUCGUGAUCUCCAGAUCUCAGGUGCAGAGUCUCGACGAGGAUGUGGUCUUUGUCCCGCUGACCGAGUCCAGCCCAGAGCUCGUGCACUGCGAGGCAGAGAGGCAGGCCCUGGAGCGUCUCCUGAGCGGCGGCCCCGGGGCCUUUUACGCACGGCUGUGUGAGGGCCACCUCAGCUCCUUCCUCUCGCCCCAGGAGGUGAAGCAGGUGUCCAGCUGGGCGGAGGAUUACCGCAGUAGUGAGGUUCACCAGGAGGGCGGCGCCGGCACGGAGGAGAGCAGCUCGGCCACGCGGCCCCUCUCCGUGCAGUACUUCCCCCUCCACUCGGACGCGCCGGCGCCGGACCUGGAGCUGGGCUGGCCCGAGGAGCCCGUCUGGGAGAGGACUCCUCACACAGCCGUCUACACCAACCCCCCUGCCGAGCAGAUGCCCCACGUACGGGAGGUGGUUAGGAGGCUGUUGCAGGGUGCCAACACGCUGAUCGCUAUAGUAACGGACAGACUUACGGACAUCAUGGUGAUCAAAGAUCUUCUCUGCGCUGCUUCACGAGGUGUUCCUGUCUACAUUAUCCUGAACCGAAGAUCUGCCCAAGAGAGCUUCAACACGGAUGCACUCAGGCACCAGAACAUAAAACUCCGUGUAGCGGGUGGGAAAGUCUUCCUGUCUCGGGAUGGGAGGAUGGUGGUUGGAGAUCUUAAGGAGAACUUCAUCCUGGUGGACCUGAAGACCUUGGUCCUGGGCAGCUACAGUCUCACCUGGACUGAUGCUCACCUGCACCGCCAACUCAUCACCGUCGUGCGCGGCCCGGUGCUGCAGGCGUUUGACCGGGAGUUCCGCAUUCUUUAUGCUGCCUCGCUGCCUGUCCCAGACGUAUGGAAGCCUGACAUCACCUCAAGCGUGCCCCAGCUGGACGGUGGCCAAGCCCUCGGCCCCUCAGAGCAUACAGAACCCGACACCCACGUGCCUGUGUGCGUACCGAGCCCACCGAGCCCGCCGGCGCCCCCUACGGACAGCCCUAUAGACUGGGACACUCUAGGUGUCACCAAGUGGAACCUCGGCAGCUCAGAAAGUCCCGAGCACCUGCCGGAGCUCUGUGGAGAGCCGUGCGUGUCAUACAGAGCAGACGUGGACAGGCAGAUGGUGGAUAGUGUUGAGGUCGGAGGGCGUGGUACACUAGGACGGCGAGAUGGGGCCAAAAAUGUGGGAAAACCGGAGACAGCCCUGCACAAGCAUCUGAUUGCCGGGGCACAGCCUGAGUGGGAGGAGAGGAAGACAAUGUUCAGGCACCGAGACCUCAGAAUCGGAAAACUUAGAGAAGACCUUGGACUCUAUUCACACACCCUUAGGAGACAUAGUCUACUGAGGAAGGAUGCAGGUCUUGGCGACAACACGGUGUCACAGGAGGUGUUCCCAUGGCGACAUAGUCUACUGAGGAAGGAUGCAGGUCUUGGCGACAACACCGUGUCACAGGAGGUGUUCCCAUGGCGACAUAGUCCACUGAGGAAGGAUGCAGGUCUUGGUGACGACACCCUGUCACAGGAGGCGUUCCCAUGGCGACAUAGUCUACUGAGGAAGGAUGCAGGUCUUGGGGACAACACCGUGUCACAGGAGGCGUUCCCAUGGCGACAUAGUCUACUGAGGAAGGAUGCAGGUCUUGGGGACAACACCGUGUCACAGGAGGCGUUCCCAUGGCGACAUAGUCUACUGAGGAAGGAUGCAGGUCUUGGUGACAACACCGUGUCACAGGAGGCGUUCCCACAGCAUGGCUAUAUAAUGGCUCUCUCUCUCUCUCUCUGUGUGUGUCUCUGCUCCCAGAAGCCCCCUGACGAUGGCUUAAGGACCCUCAGUGAUAUUCUGAAAAGAACCGGCACACGCGAGAGUUCCAACAGCCUGAAGACAAACAAGACUACACUCAGCAAAUCAAUGCUGGACCUGAGAGACCAGAGGGAUGACCCGUCACAGAUGGCAAAGCCCGCUUGUGCGGAUCUCGUGUUCCCUCUCACGCCAGCUGUAGCGCUGAUAAAAAAACGGACCGACGACAUCAAAGCGGGCCUGAUGAGGAGCCCGAGAACCGUCAUAGCGCGCAGUUCGAGUUUCGGCCUGCAGAGGGCGCCGUGGAGACCCCCAUCCAGAGCGCUCAACGAGGACCGCUGA